AUGAACAUCGCUGGUCCCUCACGACCACGUUCGGUCCAUGGUCCAAGAGAUAGAGAUAACUAUGAGGAGGAUCUUACCCGUAUGAUUGCCCAACUGGAGCUUGCUGACGUGGAGAGAUUGCAGACUUUAUAUCAUAACAGAAUGCAUCGAGGAGAGAGACUUACUGACCGUGAAGUUGCUUUUGCAUUGUUGAUGCAGAACGCUCGAGAGCUUGCGGAGUUCAAUGCUGAUCGAGAACUUGCCCAGCGCCUUGCUGUUGAAGAGCCUAAUCCUACGCCUAGGUAA